AUGUCGGCUUUGCUGGAAGUGCUCCAUGGCCUGUGGCAAUAUCACCUGGAUGUCGAAGGAGGUGAUGGUUUAGUUGGUGAUGUCACCAUUGCAGCUUACGUUGAAGAGCUGGCCAUGAGGAUCACGACGCAGGUGCCCUACAAACCUGAAGCAGAUCCAGAAGAUGAAGAUGAGGUGGAAGAGUCGAAAGCCAAGAGACGCCAGCAGAAAGCAGAAGAGCAAGAACUUGAAGAUGCCAGAGAGGCUGAGCUUGAGGAUGAUGAGGAAGACUCAACAAAAAGUGAGCCCAGACAGAUCAAGAGGCUGAAGAAGCUGCUGCGAACGCAAGAAAAUCGAAAAGUGAUUGAGAAGGUCCAGUCAGAGGACGAUGACUGCGCAAGGCCGGGCGUCCUUUAUGCUCCAGCAAUCACUGGCUCGUUUGAAAGAAGUGUCAAAUCAUCCAAUCAUUGCCGAGCACAUUGCAGGAACAUUGAUGGUGCUGGACACUUUCUGUUCUAUGCUUCUUUGGGCCUUUGUCACUGCGCCAUGUAUGGUGCGGCGAAGCAGGAGGUGCCGGAUGUGAACAACCUGGCUGGUCCUGUGAACUGUGGCAAGCCCUGGGAGGAGGUCAACCAGGAGACUUCCAAGUUGGUGCAGGCUAUUGACAGUGGGUGCUUUUCGAUGAAUAUUGGCUUUGGACCGGCUGUGGCUGAGCCCAUGCCAUUCCACACCAAGGACGCAAUCGAAUGCCAGAGGCAGCUGCGAAGCUACAGCAUUGCAGCGCAGCAUUUUGUGUUCCACCCAAUCGAUGGCACUUGCCGGAUUGUGGCACCAGGGGCUCCUCAAAUGAGUCUCCCCGAUGUUGUAUCAGGGCCUAAAGCCUGUGAGGAUUUGGAAGUGCAGAUGAAAGCAGACUUUGGCCAGAUUGGCCGCGCACUUUCAAACAAGCUUGUUUUGUUCAUUGGCAUUCCGUCCGGAUUCAUGAUUAUUGGUUUGGUUAUGGCUGGCGCCAUCUACAGCGUCCGAAGACGGGUGCGCGCGAACACCGCGCGUGGCAGACUCUUCCUUAGGGAGGAGGAAAUGGAAGGAUUGGGCUGGGAGACACACGACGAUUGCAUUGAGGAGUGA